UCCAUAUUACACCACAGCUUCACGGCGAUCGCCAUUUUCCUACAAACACACAAGCUACUUUGUCAGACAUCGCUCUAUUUUGCCGAAAUGGCCGCGUAAACGUGCAGCGACCCAGCAGCAACCACCAAAACAGUGCAUCCAGCCAGUGCACUGAGUCACUUCUAAUCAAGAAAAAUGUCGUCCUUUUUGGAAACCCUCAGCUCUGCUGCUUUCGACAGCAUAAAAGAAUUCGAAGCUCUCCUAGCAUCUUCGCACACCCCAUUUGUGACCAACAACAGCCACUAUGACCAUGAUGAUGACAAGCUCACAGUUUGGCCUGGAAGACAUGGAGGCCCUUCUCUGGGAGCCUUCCAGUCCCAUGGCUGACACCAUGGGCUCACUUUUCUUUAACCCUGACCAAGAAGUACGUCCCGAAGUUGGAGGAACCUUGUUGGAGGGGGACACUUCACCUGUGUCGCCCCUCGCCUCCUCAUCACUGUCUUCUUCCUCAUCUCCCCCUCCCUUCUACUCUCCCCCUUCCUCGCCACUGGCCGUCUUUCACCCUGGGGACAAGGACGGGAAUGAGUCUGACCUGCUCUCCCUUCCUUGGUUGGGCCACCCUGAACAGCUGAGAUGUAACCAGAUGGUCUCAGAUCACAGGAAAGAGGAUGGGUUUGGUGACUUUGACUGGAUGACUGAGAAGAUGGAUUUGAGUGAGAUUGACAUAGAAUCUCUGAUUGGCUCCUGCAGUCCAACUGAGGAGACCCCCAACUCAGCAGAUGACCUCCUGGCUUCUUUAGAUUGCCCAAUGGAGCUUGACUCCCUCCCUUUGCCCACACUCUCUCCUCCUGAGUCCUCAAGUCCUCACACUGCUUCUCUCCCCAGUGCCCCUCCCAGCCUCCUCCCCACUGUCAGCGAUGAUGCUUCAGUCAUCACAGUGGAUGACAGUGAGUCCUUCAUCGUUGUGCAAGAGGCUCCCUCCUCAUCCAUAUGUGUCCCCGAGCCACAAGAGGAGCUGGAAAUCAAAUCUGAACCUGCUUCCCCUGAGUCGUCACCCAUCACUGUGGUUGAGCCUCCUUCCUCCCCAGUCUACACCCUGGACCUGGGCAGUGAGGUUGAUGUCUCAGAAAGUGAGGUGAAGCCGGUAUUAGCCACUGUCAUCCCGCAGGUCCAAAGGCUUGUGUUUUCCAUUUCACCAACCCGUAUCGUCUUCGUUCUGGCCCCCAAAAACGAAGUAGGAGUCACAACCACCACUGUAACCACCACAUCAGAAGUCGCUUGCUCCUCCACUGCCUCCCCUCCAGUAAAACCUCCACAAAGGUCCUUUAGAAGCAGGCCAUACCCUGAUCCAAAACACAGAACCAGUCCUCCCUCUCCCAGUGCCGCCAGUGUCAAAGUCAAAUCCUAUCCGGUCUCUGAAGAUGAUGACGACGACGAUGAUGAUGAUGGAAGCGUCUCCUUAAAAGCACCAAGAGACAAGAAAACGAAGAAGAUGGAGCAGAAUAAGACGGCUGCCACACGAUACAGGCAGAAGAAGAGGGUGGAGCAGGACGCACUCCUUACAGAGCACUCCCUUCUGGAGAGGAAGAAUGUGGAGCUGAGUGAGAAGGCUGAAUCCAUGGCCAGGGAGAUCGAGUAUCUCAAAGAGCUGAUAGAGGAGGUCCGCUUGGCCCGUAUCAAGAAAGGCCUCGGCCCCGACCUGUGAGCACUCGAACCGAACCCAGAAAAUGGCAGAGCAGAGUUUGUGUGAUGGGAAGUGGCAGAUUUUUUACUUCUAAUGCAAAACAUGUAUCAGUAUAAGCAUGUGCGCUGUUAUUCACCAUGUCGUAUAUGCACAACCCAAUAACACUGUUUGUCAGAAAACUUAAAAUAAAUCUAUAACAUUGGUAUUAAAUGUAGAGUAGUUUAACAUUUGGAGUAGAUUUAUGGAAAAUGCAUAUUUUCCAUUUUAAUGUGUGCUUUUUCUUUGUAAUGUAUUUUAUUCCCCGUUUCUGGACCUCAGUCAUUUGCCAACAAGUCUUGUUACAAUUUUAAAACAUAUCUAUCUAUAUGUAAAGGAACCAUCUGUAUUAUCAUUCUCUUAAUAAAGACUUUUAAACCCA